AUGCGCACUGCAAUAAAUUCAACGGUUUCCGCCUACUGCACUUUCAACACAUUAAUCUUAGUUCUGUUGGGAUCAAGCAUUGGUCAAUGUUCCGGUCUUACGACGCUUGGAGACAUCCUGGAAACCUAUCGCAAUGAUUAUCCUGCGCUCGCGAAGAAAGUAGAGUCGGAGGUACUCCGAAACACUUGGAGUUGUGUGUCAUUGAACGAAUUGAGUCGCGCCAUAUGCGGCGAACGCGCUGGCUCCAAUGGAGGUUGA